AUGACCUCCCAAUUCGCUGGCGCAUCAAUGCCAAUGGGCGCUUGCUCUCCCCAUGUCCAACCAGCCUUCAACUUCGUCGCCACUGUCAAGAUGAAGCUUGACGCCGACGCAUACGGCCAAUUCAUGGGCGCAAUGAAGAGCCUUUACACUUCCAGGACUCCUGAUCAAGAGGAUGUCGUCAUCGAGCAGAUGGCGCGCUUAUUCGUUCACCAUGAAGACCUUUUGCAGGGGUUUACGACUUUCCUUCCGGCUGGAUACGAGUUGAAGCUGGGGAAUGACUUUCCUUCAGUCGUUAUGAAGACGCCGAACGGUGUUACGAAGCUCAUUGUUCCAUCAAACUAAUCAUCGCCCCCUCGAACCUUUCUACCUUUCUUGUUGUUGAAGCUCGAUGUAAAGAAUGCAGCUUGUAAAAUGAUUGUAUAGUACAGAUUUGGUGGCUUUAGGAUGAUACGACUAUCUUGUAAAUUGUAAUUGAAUCAAUGUUCUCUAC